AUGAUGGGUUUUGCUCGCCCUGUAGGGGCUUUCAGAACCCUACUUGCCCAGCUUAUGCUCUUGACGCAAAUUGUGUUGAUUGCGCAAGCUCACCCUUACAGCAAUCACUCUAUUUUCCCACUAGGCUCGGAGGAUGACCUCCAUCAUGUCUUUACAAGAGCCACUGAUGCUGAAUUUACGGCCCUGCCAAAUUCUGGUAGAAUUCGAGUGCACACGAGCUGCUUGAACCAUUGGAGUUUAGGUGACUGGGAUGCCACUAUUAAUCAACUAAAAGCUGUGGCCAAUUACGGCGCGCUGGCUACUCAAAUGACACUCGACAUGAUCAACAACAACAUGAACAACAACAAUCCAACCCUGCAUCCUCAGCAAAGACGGAUGAUAGAUCUCUUCAUGGUUCUUUAUGGGACCUUCAAGUGGAAUGAUGUCGCUGCAAAGACAAGAGUCAGAGACCGCGCUAUACGAGUGAAUCAAAUGGCUGCUAUUUUUGCGAGUGGUCUGAUCCAAAACACGGCCAUCUGGAAUUUCAUUUGCGACGAGAGCGAAUGGGUCCUCGACCCUAACGUCCCUUCUCAUAUCAAAAAAGAAUAUUGGAUGAUCAAUGCCCUACCAGCUGGUCCUCGCAGUCAGAAAAACAGCACGUCUCUUUGUACGAUUCCAAACGGUUUUGCGGCUGGAUACGGCGGUGGACAAGCGGAAGCAGUGACGUUAACAGCCGCUCACACUCCGGGUCAACCUAGUUGGAUGGCAUUUUGUGCUGGGGUGUGGUCUGUGUUGCAAUUUCAGACGAAAGUCUGGUUUCAACCUGCAAAGAAAGCAGCAGUUGUGCAAAACGGUGAUUUUCUUUAUCAUAUGAUACACAACACACCGGAGCGACUCCUCGCGCAUGAGUUCACCCACGGGCAUACCCAAUUUGGUGCUUAUCGUGCAACGGAUAUAGCGUAUGGCUGGGGAGAGAUCGUUGCACUUGCUAUAAAAGACAACGCUCAAACUGAUGCUACCCAGUCACUGGCUGUCAUAAAUGCUGAUACUUUCACAUAUUGGAUCAAUGGUGUAUAUUUGGAGAUGUGCAACUUCCGUAGCGGGAGGUGUGAAGACCCUGAUCAGGCAGCAAAAACGCCCUAA